GUCACUGCCAUCUUGUUCGUGUGACGAAGCAUGAUGGCUGCUUUUGUUACUUCGUAACUUGUUUUUGAGGUUGGAAUUGGAUUGGAACAAUCGUCGGUUCUUCUCUUCAAUUCACAUUUUGUUGUUCCGCUUACUUGUGAUUACAUUAUAAACUAAACUUCUUUUAUUAAAUACAGUAAAUUUCUGAAUAAAUAUGGCUUCGAUCCUACUACCUGAACAGAGUCCUCCUGGCUUUGUUUUCGAAAAUUGCCAGAGGAAUGCCUUCCUUGUCAAGAAGGGGGUUCCGGCACCCAAAACCAUGAAAACCGGCACAACUAUUUGUGGCGUGAUUUACAAAGAUGGCGUCAUUUUGGGAGCAGAUACCAGGGCAUCCUCCGACACCAUUGUUUCCGAACCCAACUGUCUCAAGCUGCAUUACAUGUCUAAGAACAUCUACUGUUGCGGCGCGGGCACGGCAGCCGAUGCGGACGUGACAGGUGAGCUGAUCCGCUCACAGUUGCAGCUGCAUCACCUGAGCACGGGUCGCGAGAACCUCGUCGUCACCGCCAACCGCAUGCUCAAGCAGAUGCUCUUCAGGUACCAGGGCUACAUAUCGGCAGCGAUGAUCCUGGCUGGAGUGGAUCACACUGGCCCGUCGCUCUACCAGAUCUACCCGCAUGGCUCGUCCAACAGCAUGCAAUACACCAGCAUGGGAUCUGGAUCACUAGCUGCCAUGUCUUUCCUCGAGGCCGGCUGGAAGCCUGACAUGAAUGAGGAAGAAGGGAAGAAGCUGGUGAGAGAUGCAAUUGCGGCUGGUAUUCUGAACGAUCUCGGAUCGGGAGGCACUGUCAACAUGUGUGUCAUCAAGAAGGGGGCUCUCGACUACUUGGUGCCCUAUGAGAAGCUCUGCGUCAAGGGAACAAGACUCAAUACCUAUCAGUUUAAGCCAGGCACUACAGCUCUGCUGUCAACUCAAGUUAUUCCUCUAGUAGUUGAAAAAGAAGAAGUGAGAAGAAUCGAUCAGGAGUCCAUGGAUACAUCUUCAUAAUUAUUCAAAUUUUCUAUGUUUACACCAAUUAAUUUGGAAUUUUUUCACUGUAUGGCUUACAAAAUAAUUUUUUGCUCGAAUAAAAUUAAUUAAUUCUAA